AUGUAUGAUUCCGACAAUAGAAAGAGUUGGAGGACUGUCGCCUUUCGAUCGGACAUGGCUGGAAAGAACAUACCCGGAUUCAGCAUAGAGGGGUUAGGUACUCAAGGAGCUUCCACAACCAAGUCCCAAUCGAUAUCUUUCCGAGUCGGGUUCCAGAGAGGAUCCGAAGGGCUUCUAACUUUCGGGCGAUCGCUGACAUCUGGAGUGACGCGGGCAGUGUUCCCGGAGGAUCUCAAAGUUUCCGACAAAAGAAUCUUCGAUCCUCAGGACAAGAGCCUCCUGCUCUGGAACAAACUCUUCCUGGUGUCCUGCAUUCUCUCCGUGUCGAUAGAUCCCCUGUUUCUGUAUCUCCCUGUCUUCCAAGAAGAAAACAUGUGCCUUCACAUGGACAACAGCUUGGCCUACACAACCACCAGUCUCCGCACCGCAGUCGACUUAUUUUACAUCCUCCGGAUAUGUCUCCAGUUCAGGACAGCCUUCAUCGCGCCUUCGUCUCGUGUAUUCGGGAGAGGAGAGCUCGUGAUUGAUCCCACAGAAAUAGCGACGCGGUACAUUCACCGUUAUUUCUUCGUGGAUCUCGCCUCGGUGUUGCCUAUCCCCCAGAUCGUGACCUUGAGGUUCCUCCACAAAGCAAAAGGCUCGGACGUGUUGGGCACGAAACAAGCGCUGGUGUUGAUCGUGUUUCUUCAAUACAUCCCGAGGUUUCUGCGCUUCGUCCCGCUGACUUCAGAGCUGAAAAAGACUGCCGGUGUCUUUGCCGAGACGGCUUGGGCCGGUGCAGCUUACUACUUGCUGUGGUUCCUCCUGGCUAGCCAUGUUUUCGGGGCGUUAUGGUACCUCUUGGCGAUCGAGCGCAAGGACACGUGCUGGAACAUGGCCUGCUCGGAGAGCGCAGACUGCGACGUCAACAACCUGUACUGCGCUAACGGGGUGUCAAACUUGGAGCAAUGGAGAGACAUCGGCAAGAUCGUGUUAGAACCGAAAUGUGCAGUGAAGGAUGAACAAUCAAAGUUCAAGUAUGGAAUAUACUUACAAGCUUUAUCAUCUGGUGUUCUUGAAUCUGAGGCUUUCUUCUCAAAAUACUUCUAUUGCCUGUGGUGGGGGCUCCAGAAUUUGAGCACACUUGGUCAGGGGCUUUCUUCAAGUACAUAUCCGGGAGAAGUUCUAUUUUCGAUUACGGUGUGCAUUUCCGGGCUGCUACUCUUCGCGCUCCUCAUUGGUAAUAUGCAGACGUACCUUCAAUCACUCUCGGUUCGACUGGAGGAGAUGAGGGUGAAACGGCGCGACUCGGAGCAAUGGAUGCAUCACAGGGUGCUGCCGCCAGAGCUGAGGGAAAGAGUCCGGCGCUACGAUCAGUACAAAUGGUUGGAAACAAGAGGUGUCGACGAGGAGAGCUUGGUCCAAAGCUUGCCGAAAGAUCUUCGACGAGAUAUUAAGCGCCAUCUCUGCUUAAAUUUGGUCAGAAGGGUACCUCUCUUCGCGAACAUGGACGAUAGGCUGCUCGACGCGAUAUGCGAAAGGCUCAAGCCGAGUUUACUCACAGAGAAGACGUACGUUCUUCGUGAGGGAGAUCCAGUGGACGAGAUGCUCUUCAUCAUCCGCGGUCGACUGGAGAGCGUGACGACAGACGGCGGAAGAUCAGGCUUCUACAACCGCGGGAUUUUGAAAGAAGCCGAUUUCUGCGGGGAGGAGCUCCUGACUUGGGCUCUGGAUCCGAAAUCCGCGUCCAACUUGCCGCCUUCUACGCGCACGGUGAAAGCCCUGACAGAAGUCGAGGCAUUCGCCCUCAGCGCCGAUGAGCUGAAGUUCAUCACCAGUCAGUUCAGGCGUAUCCACAGCCGACAAGUGCAGCAGACCUUCCGGUUUUACUCGCAGCAAUGGCGGACAUGGGCUGCCACAUUCAUCCAAGCUACAUGGCGACGAUACAGGAGGAAAGUUGCAGAGUUAGAGCAUAAUGAGUCGGAUAAAGGGAGCACAGAAGAGUCCAGUUCAGACGGAGAAGAUGGAAGCGACAACAAUGAUGAUGAACAUACCGGGCUAAUUUCCGGGACCAAGACCAGGCUCGGUUCAGCCAUGUUAGCCUCGAGAUUUGCAGCCAAUGCCAUGCGGAGAGUUCACAGGUUCCGGAGCGAAUUAAGCUCCGGAAAAAUAAGGAAGUUGCCAAAGCCACCUGAACCGGACUUCUCAACCGAAUAG